AUACACAAGGUGUCGAUUCUAUUCUUGCCAUUUGUGUCGCUACUGUCAGUUACCGACGAUUCGUUCGUCGGUGGAGCUACAUGUAAUCCCAAAUCAAUGGGUUUAUAGCAGCCACAGCAUUCAAAUUUCUACAGUGACUGUUGUGUCUUGAGCCGAAGCUUUGAAAAUUUUGCGUGAGGAAAAACGAAAGUUCGAGAAUCCAGCGUGCGCAUUUCUCCAGGCCAGAAUGGCACAGAAUAUAAAUCCAUUUUAUUCGUCUCAGAAUGCGCCGAACAAAGCGACCGAGGAAAAACAGACCAUACCGAAAGAUAACCAUGCAGUUAGUAAACGACUGCAGAAGGAACUUAUGGUUUUGAUGAUGUGCACGGAGAAAGGUGUCUCAGCCUUUCCCGAUGGAGAAAAUUUAUUCAAAUGGAUUGGAACGAUCACAGGACCAACGGACACUGUUUAUGCAGGCCUUACGUACAAGUUGACAUUGGAAUUUCCUCAUAGUUAUCCAUACAGUGCUCCAAUAGUACGUUUUGCAACACCUUGUUUUCAUCCAAAUGUAGAUGAAGUAGGUAACAUUUGUUUGGACAUACUAAAAGAUAAAUGGAGUGCUUUAUACGAUGUGCGUACUAUAUUGUUAUCUAUACAGUCUCUUCUUAGUGAACCUAACAAUAAAAGCCCACUGAAUCCUCAAGCAGCCCACCUGUGGAGCGAUCAAACAGAGUACAAGAAACACUUGAUAGAAGAGUAUAAUAGAGCAUUGAUCCAUGGUCAACAAGACUCAUGAUAAGUCCAUUCUUAUAAUCAUCUUGGCUGAGUUAAUGUUUCUAUUUCCGUCAGCGUUAUUACUAGGUUUAAGGCAUACAAUGACCUGCUGCACCAAACUUAUGAACUACAUUAUAAAAAGUUCAGUCUCCUGUUUCUUUUCUCUUUUGGUUUUCACAUCGAUGUAAUUGUACCGCGCAAAGAGAGAGUCUAAAACCAUUUUUAUAUCGUUCAUUACAUGUCAUUCUUCUGUUGCUUAAUUUCAUAGAGUCGUCUGGGGAGACGGACAGAAAUUUGUAUCAUGAUUUUAAGGCUGUAUAUGCGGAUUAAACAAUUUUUGCAUCAUCAAUUUGUAUCAGAAACGUUUAUUUAUUAUUCACUUUUAGUAAUAUAUUUUGACUUUUCUAUACAUUUUAGAGUAUUUCAUACGUACUAGCUAUAUUCGAUAUUGCGUCAUUUAUCAUUAUUGUAUAAUUCGAAAAUAAAUAUUUUAAACAUUCAUGCUCCUAUAUUCAAUUAUAAUAAUCCGCACAAAUUCAGUUCGUCUCGAACGAUAAGACAACUCACCGCGCAAUCGUGAUUAAUCAGUACAUAUUUUCAUCGAAUUAGUAAGCUUAAUAACCACCAUUUGAUCACUAACUUCACGAAAUUGUAAAACCUAUCGAGCUACCAGGCAUCUUCAUCGCCGGAAAUUAAUUAAUUGCAUAGCGGAUGGUACUUCUCCGAAAUGUUGGAACACCUUGUUUCUCCUAGCAAUUCUCAACGAUGUGUGAUAAGUUACCCUAUAAAAUAAAAAAGUACUAGUAAGCACAAGUAUAUCACCAAUACGUCCUUCGAGAUGUUAAUAGAAUUUUAGAGUGCCAAACAAUUGAUUUAUUAAUGUAUCUAUAAAAGAAGAUAUAAAUAAACAUUUUCAACUAACA